UUUUAUCCUUCGUCCUUUUUUCGGCUUUCUUCCGCCAUAAGCAGAAGACCCGAGGAAGAAGACCCCAGAGAGAGAGAGAGAGAGAGAGAGAGAGAGAGAGAGGAGAGAUGGGAGGAGGCAACGGGCAGAAGGCAAAGAUGGCUCGCGAGAAGAACUUGGAGAAGAUGAAAGGACAGAAGGGAAGUCAGCUGGAAUCAAACAAGAAGGCCAUGAACAUCCAGUGCAAGGUGUGCAUGCAAACAUUUAUGUGCACCACAUCAGAAUCAAAAUGCAGGGAACAUGCUGAAGCAAAGCACCCUAAAGGAGAUGUCUACCAGUGCUUCCCUCAUCUCAAGAACUAGCUGCAUGCAUUGCUACAAAUGAAGAAGCCAUGUUCACUGUGGAAGGUGCUCUGCAACUAUUUUUAAUUUGGAUAUGUUUUUUAGUUAAGGCUUUGUUUGAUUUGACUCUUUGGAUGCAUCCCAUUGCUGUGAUGGAAUUGCCAUUAUCUACUAAAUGAAAUGAAGCUUUUUAACCAAAAAAA